AUGCGGGUGCAGGUACCUGUCCUGGUUUCACACCGGCUCGGUUCGACCCGAUCCCGGUAGACUGAUCCUCAUCCGGUUGCUGCGAUCUCCAAAGGGGCCACCAGAGUGAUUUUCUAAAAAAACCCGGAUCCGCCACCAGCAGCCUGACAGAUGGAUAACUAUUCUACUUUACAACUGCAGUGUCUGGAAAUGACCACUAAGCGGAAGCUGAUUGGCCGGCUGGUGCCGUGCCGUUGUUUCCGUGGUGAAGAGGAAGUGAUCUCAGUGUUGGAUUACUCCCACUGCAGCCUGCAGCAGGUCCCCAAGGAAAUCUUCAGCUUCGAGAGAACUCUGGAGGAGCUCUACCUAGAUGCCAACCAGAUUGAGGAACUACCCAAGCAACUCUUCAACUGCCAGGCCUUGAAGAAGCUGAGCAUGCCCGAUAACGACCUGUCCAACCUGCCCACCACCAUCGCCAGCCUGGUUAACCUCAAAGAGCUGGACAUCAGUAAAAAUGGUAUCCAGGAGUUUCCAGAUAAUAUAAAAUGCUGUAAAGGCUUGUCUGUGGUGGAGGCCAGUGUUAACCCUAUCACCAAACUCCCAGAUGGUUUUACACAGCUCCUGAAUCUGACCCAGCUCUUUUUAAACGAUGCCUUCCUGGAGUACCUGCCGGCUAACUUUGGCAGACUCUCCAAACUACGGAUCCUGGAGCUGAGGGAGAACCACCUGAAAACCAUGCCAAAGUCCAUCCACAGGCUGACACAGUUGGAGAGAUUGGAUCUGGGUAGCAAUGAAUUCUCUGAAAUGCCGGAGGUGCUGGAACAGAUUCACAACCUUAAGGAGCUAUGGCUGGAUAACAACUCUCUACAGUCAAUACCAGGGUCGAUAGGAAAGCUUCGCCAGCUGCGGUACUUAGACUUAGCUAAGAAUCGCAUUGAGUCGUUGGACACAGAUAUCUCAGGCUGUGAGGCUUUAGAAGACCUACUGCUUUCCUCCAACAUGCUUCAGCAUCUCCCUGACUCUAUAGGAAUGUUGAAGAAGCUAACAACACUGAAGGUAGAUGACAACCAGCUGACCUCACUGCCUAACACUAUCGGGAGUGCGAAGCCCAAGCAAGGUCUGUCUCUGUUGGAGGAGUUGGACUGUAGUUGUAAUGAGUUGGAGUCGUUGCCUCCCACCAUCGGCUACCUGCACAGCCUGAGGACCUUCGCUGCUGAUGAGAACUUCCUCACAGAGCUGCCCAGGGAGAUCGGUAACUGUAAGAAUGUGACAGUGAUGUCGCUGCGAUCCAACAAGCUAGAGUUCCUCCCGGACGAGAUCGGGCAGAUGACCAAAUUACGAGUGCUUAACCUUAGUGACAACAGGUUAAAGAAUCUACCGUUUACCUUCACUAAGCUGAAGGACUUGGCAGCUCUCUGGCUUUCUGACAAUCAGUCCAAGGCUCUGAUCCCUCUGCAGACAGAAGCCCACCCAGAAACCAAACAGAAGGUUUUGACCAACUACAUGUUCCCUCAGCAACCCCGACAUGAUGAGGAUUACCAGUCUGACAGUGACAGCUUCAAUCCUACUCUGUGGGAGGAGCAGAGGCAGCAGAGGAUGACUGUGGCCUUUGACUUCGAGGACAAGAAAGAAGAGGAAGACAACUCUGGGAAGGUCAAGGUGGAGAUAAAUCUAAAGCGCUACCCGACACCUUACCCCGAAGACCUUAAGAACAUGGUCAAGUCAGUGCAAAGCCUUGUGGGUAAAAGCGUACACGCCGGCCACGGGCUCCAGCACCAGCACCAACACCAGCACCAACUCCAACACCAGCACCAGCACCAGCUGAGCACGGGUACCGCCACCUCGGCAGGAACAAACAUGGAACACACGCAUCUCAGCAAAGAACCGUACGAACCGCCAUGGCCGCUGCCUCCCAAAGAGGUGACAGACAGAGAGAUGCAGGACUUCUCUCAGACUCAGCUAAUGGAUCAGGGAUCAAUGCAUAACUCUGGCAUCGACAUUCCCAAGAGGAAGGACAAAGAGGACCUGACAGAGAGCUCUGAGGACUCCAUGGGCGGCUCUCCCAACGACAUCCGAAUCUCCGACAUGAGGCCCACUCUGGUGGAACCGCCCAUGUACAAACCAAAGGUGGUUCUACUGGGCAAAGAAAAGAAAGAGUCUACAGAUGAAGAGGUGGACAAGCUCCACUGUCUGAACCACAGCGGCUCCUCGGCCACCUACUCUGACUACUCUCCCUCACAGGGCUCCUCAGGCUCCUCCAACCCACCCGCCAACGCACACUCGCACACGCACACGCACUCGCACUCGCACACGCUCACUCACGGACAUCCACACCCACCCGCCCUGCCGGCCCCCACCAAGGACCAAGCCCCUCAGACACACUGGACUAACAGACUGGCCCAGUCCUUCCCCAAGCCCAUUGACUCCAAGCCCCUCCUGUCCCAGAGAGAAACCCCUCCAUCAGGAACCCUGCAGCAGCGUGGGGAUCGACGCCCGCUGAGUGAACCUUUUGACUGGGCAGAGGCUCCUCACUACGACAACACAGGUUUCGACGCUGAAGAGUCUCCUCUGGACUCUGCGCCAUCUGGUGGUAGCCAGGGAAACCCACCGCUGGGGUCAAAACCUCGCAGCCAAUCGACACACGGCCGCCGUCCCCUCCUCAGGCAAGACCGGAUCGUAGGAGUCCCUCUGGAGCUGGACACCCAGACGCUGCCCUUCCACAGUAACCAGCGCUCCACUCCAGACAAUGACCCUCAAUCCUCUGGACCACCUCCACCUAAUCCCUGGCAGAACUGGACCAGGACCCCUAGCCCUCUAGAGGACAGAACUGCUUUUCCUUCUAAGCUGGACUUGACACCCACCUCUAGCCCUAACCCAGACCGGAAGGACAUGGAUUCAAGGCUGGAACAAGGUGCAGGGCCUUUGCCUGGCAGCUGGACAUACCAUGAUAAUCAGGGAGAGCCAAAUAGGAAGGAUCAGUUAACUGUCACCGGGGGCAACAAGGUCACCGUGGUGAUGAGUAAAAGCUCAGAUCGCCUGUCCCCCAUGAUGAAGGAGACGAGGUCAAAGUUUAAGAAGUCACAAAGCAUCGAUGAGAUUGACAUCGGCUCCUACAAGGUCUACAGCAUUCCCAUGGACAGCUACAGUUCAUCCAUUGAGCAGCAGACCAGUUUGGACCGUCCAGAGCUACCAGGUUGCAUGGAGCAGACCAGUAUGGCUCGGUCACAGUCCGCUCCCAUGUUAGAUGAUGAACUGGGCUUCUCCGCUCACGUGGCGGGGAACCCCAACCAGCUGGGGCAGAACCAAAAACCCGCUGUCCCUCAGAAGGCCUAUCACUUCGACCAGAACUAUAACCCCCAGGUGACCAUCGACCGCCGGGUCCCUCCACCCUUUCCUAACACACCGGAUUAUGUCAAUCACUCAUCCAAGGCUUUGGAAUACAUCAAUCAACCAGGGAAGACGUUACCUAAGGAGCUCGUGAGCCCUCGGUACCGUGCAUACCCUCCACUUGAGAUGUUUUCUUUCCCCCAGUCACCGAUAACCCAGGACGGUCUGCCCAGCAGCCAAGCUCAGCAGCCAGUCCCAUCACAGCGCUCCAGACCAGGGUUUUUGAGAAGAGCAGAUUCUCUGGUGAGCUCUACGGAGCUUGCAUUGUUUCGCAGAGUUCAUGAAGCUCAGCAGGAGGCGCUGCAGGAAUCUCAGUACAGACAGCAGGUGGACCCUCCUCUUUAUGGCCGGGCUCUCGCCUACUCCACCCCCAUGGAGCACAACAUGGCCGACCAAAGCCAGAUGAUGCACAACAAGAGAAAUGGUCGUUAUGACGACGACUAUCCCACCUACCAAGAGCAGAAAAAGCCCAUGAUUGGUUAUCCGACAAAGAGCCUGACUCAGCGCCGCCCCCUGUCUGCCAGGAGCUACAGCACGGAAACCUACGGAGCAUCACAGGCUCGUCCAGUGUCAGCUCGCCCCACCAUGGCUGCCCUACUGGAGAAGAUGCCCCCUGACUACACCCUAGCGACCUGCCCCGAGAAACCAUCAGAGGACACCAUCAAAGUCAGACCUGUUGUACCACAGAAACCUGAAGACAUCACCUCCAAGAUGCCUGCUGACUGGAGACAACAGCUGCUCCGGCACAUAGAGGCCAAACGACUGGACAGGAGUGGUGUCCUAAAGCACAACACGCUCACGCUGGGCAUGCUCUGUCAGGGCGGGGGUCACGGCCAGGGGCGCAGCAGCACUUUGAACUUUAACCUUUACAAUAACACUAAGCAUGAGCCCCCUGCUGGCCGCUGGCUGCCACUACCUCCUCCUCCGUCUGCCAACGCUACCCCCUCACAGCAGUCUGCCAUGCUGGAUAAUGACCAGGAGAUGGGGUCAGGGAGCAAUCAGUGGGUUCCGUACUCCCUGGGCAGGAGAGACGUCCCGCCUGACAACCUCAUGAAAAAGACUGGCCAUUCCCAUAAUCCUUCCCACCAAUCUCACAAUACCAUGAUCGUCACCUCAUCCUCUUCAGGCACUACCCCUCACCGUGUUGUUGGGCAGCAGGGCUACGACAGUGGGAUGAUGAACAAGGGGGUACAGUACCAGCCCGGGAUGCCACUGUCAGUGGUUCCUUCAGGGGGGGGAGGGCAGUACCAAGGCAUGCAGCAAGCCCUGCCUGCUCCUGGACAGGCUUAUCCCAGCGCUGGUUUGCCCAUGGCUCUGUCCCCUUCAGGCAACCAAGCCCAGUACAACCCCCAUUCCUCCCACACCUCUCAUCAGCCCGCCUUGCCAGCCACCAACCCCCAGUACCAUGGCAACCAGGGCAUGGUCCACAGCAACCAGGUUGUCAUGACCACCCACACCAACCCACGGCCUCAGAGCGCUCGCUGUCUUCUGCAGACGAAAGGCCAGAAGAGCACGGAUGGGUUCCAGGAACAGUUGUGUGUGAGAAUAGAGAAGAACCCUGGUCUUGGUUUCAGUAUCUCUGGUGGCAUCAGCGGCCAGGGGAACCCCUUCAAACCCUCCGACAUGGGUAUCUUUGUUACUAGGGUACAGCAUGACGGGCCCGCUGCCUCCGUCCUGCAGCCAGGAGACAAGAUUAUGCAGGCUAAUGGACAUAGUUUUUUACACAUGGAGCACGAGACAGCCGUCUCUCUGCUGAAGAGUUUCCAGCGGACGGUGGACUUGGUGGUUCUGAGAGACAGCAGCACGCGCUAAAAAUAGUUUUAUAACAAACAAACAAAUAAACACAACAACGCUUCUCUUCUCUGCUCAUCGCCAUUCCACGCCACCUCACCUGCCCUCCGCUGGAGGCUUGUGGAACUGAAAAUGAGCCGCCUUUUUUACCUUUUUAGGGGAACACACAAACAUUUAUUUGCCUAUUGCUGGACCAAAGGCAAAUAACUAGUGCCAAAUGUACCAUAGGAAACAUAUCGGCUCUUCUGUCUCCGGCGGUCGAGGAUCCUGAUCGACGGCUGGAAGGACCACAGGAGGACUCUGCUCUGAGUCCGAACAGGGCUGCUGCAGUCUGGCUUUUUGGAGUUGGUUUGUUAAUUAGGCAGUCAUCUGAUUGGUCAGUCUUGGUUAUUUGGAUUAUUUUUAUUUUUUUGAUGGUUACUUAGGGUUUUGGAGUAUUUUUUGGUUUUUCUCCACUGCUUUUUAUUUUGCUGUCAAUGGUAGAAUUUCAAUUAUACUUUGGUGUAGCACAUGGUUCCCCUGUUCCAUGGUCCUCAUUGUUCUUUACUUUGUUCUUCUUUUUGUCUGCACGUCUCUUCUCUAGACGUUUUUAUUUCUAUGUCUUUCUUUUUUUUUAGUUUUUAAUACUCAAGGUUUUAUGCUUUUUUGCUGUCUUCUGUUCUGCUCUGUACUGUAGGUAUUAUUGCCUCCACUGUACAGAAAUUGAAAACUUAAGACUUUCUGCCUUGUGUACAUAUACUGUAUAGAGCUGCUGCUUUUUAGAGGUGCACUCUCGGGGCCUGAACAGACAGCUCUAAAAGUUUAUGAUUGAUGACAUUAUUGUUAAUAACCCACAUUCUCAAUUUUCUCUUAUGAAGAUACAGGGAUAGUUUCUCCAAAUGGACAGUUUUUAAAGUAUAACACAAUUCCUUCUGUAUAGAAAACAGUUUUCACAGUCCAUCACUUACACUCGUUUUCUGUUUGAAAUACUGUUUGCUUGCACAGCUGUGCUGGAAAGUGCUAAAGCAAUAUUUUGAGGUUCUGCCGACUGAGCUUUUCAGCAGAGCCUAAGUUGUCCUGCAGUGCCAUCUAUUGAGCAAGUCAUGCUAAUGUUUACACAUACACUGCCAUGAACAUGAAACCACAGGCAAACACUUACACAAAGACAUACACCCCCAGUACAUUUGCAGUGUAUUUGAGCUGAUUUGAGCUACAUUUUAGAAAUGAAAACUUUACAACCAGCCACACACACAUGAAUCAUUAUAUUUGUGCCAUACUCUGAGGUCCUGUUAUACAAUUCUGUUACAGCUACGUCUCCUCAUUUUUAAAGCUGUUUGAGUUGUAUGAUAAAUGCACAGCAUGUUUUUUUUUUAUAUCACUGUCAGAAAGUAGUUUUUCUGUUGGCAUCUAGAUGUCUCUACUUCUUAGAAGAGUUGAGGUGUUUUACAUCAUUGAGCUGCAGUGAGACUGGAGUUCUAUAGUUGGUGCCAUACGGACCUUCUGCCUGUUCCUGGUUGUAUUUACAUGAGCCCAAAACAUCAGAGCUUUACCUCUUUGUGUCCCAUAUCUGAUCUGCCUACUGUGAAAGCAGGAGGACGAGUUUGGAAACUGCUGCUUCAGUAGAUUUGAUCUGCUGAUGUGAGCCUGAGUAAAAAGAUGCAGAAAAGACAAUUUCCCAACAAGUGAGAAUAAGAAUAGAGUGAGAAGAGUGUGUCUUAAUGAGUAAAUGUGCAGUGAAUCAGAUAUUCCCUGUUCUACAAAUGAGAAACAGAUCUGAUUUCUGCCUCAAAGAUUUUGGUAACAUGUUGAUUGACACAUUUGAUCUGAAAUAAGCCUUCAAAAUAACAGUGCAGAAAGGGUCAGACGGGGAAAUCUGACAUUUAAAAGACCAACAAAUGUGAAAGGAAACAAAAUGUAGACACACAUAUAAUAGAAGUCAGACUGGAAGACGUGUCUGGCCAAAGCAGGAGCCAAGGCAGUGCGGUCUUAUGAAAUACGACCUGCGUGGUCACACUUUAAAUAUUGUACUGACAUGACAAAGAAAAGAUUGAAAAGAUUUAUUUUGUGUUUUUGUGUAAAUGCAACACGUGUCGUGACGACGCUCCACGGCAGUGAGUUUUGUUCUGUUCUGUGCAACAUUUGAUGUUUCAUCCAGAGCAAAACAAUACGGUUCACUGUCUUUUCUUCUACUUGACAUGACGGUGUCAUUCUGUGCCCAUUUUGUGUCAGCCUUCCCAAUAAGGAUUAGAGUUUAGUUCAUUCAAUAAGGGACACAAAAUGGUACAGUCCAGUUGUGUGGUGAGAGAUGACCUUCCCCACAGGUAUCCACACAACCCUAUUUAGAGUUUGAAAUAUCAAAGAUAUUGUGAUGAGAACGGAGAAAAAGGUUUGAUAAUAUAAUUAUUUUUUACUACAUGUUUCAGGUAAUUCUUUCUAAAUAUAUUGAUAUACCUUAGCUUUGCUCAAAAAUUGUGAUAUUUUAUAAUGACACUUAUAACAAAGUUAUAGAUGGAAGUACGCACAGUAUGACUUGGAGACCUACACAUGUACUAUCCAAAACUGUAUAAAAUGUAUUUCUACUGUAAUUGUGAAUUUGUGUUAUACAAAUAUAUAUUAUAUAUAUGUAUAUGACUAUAAAAAAAACUGUCAUUUUCUAUGUGUUUAACUACAUAAGAGCUGAACAAAUGCUGAGGGCGGUGUCACUGUACAUAGCUGUGAAUGAAACCCAAUUUAAAACGACUCAUAUUGAUUGUGAAUGUACUCAUGCUUUCUGCAGUACCUACACCUACCCAACUUGAAUGCUGCUUCUUCUGUUGUGUGACAAAAAGUACUUUGACCUCUGAAGAGAGAACUGCUGUUGAGUUAUAAGUUGGACAAAUUUUAGUGACGAUUUAACAGAACUAUUUAUUUCUUUAUUUAUUUGCACAUGCAAGUUGAAAUCCUUCCAGUUUUAAGUUUGAGUAUUAAUGCGGAGAAAUGUAAUUGCUGAAGUAUAUAUAAUAUAUAUCAUGUGUUUAGAAUGCAUUUUGCAGACGCUAUCUGUACAUACUAUUUAAGAUACAGUUUUUACAAAAAAUAAUAUAUGUAUAAAAUUGAAAAAAUGCUGUGCAGCGAUUAUACUGGAGCCAUUUUGGGCUUUGGGAAGUACCAUUUUUUCAGUAUAUAAGAAGUGUUUUGAAUAAUGUACUAAAGUCUCUAUUGUACAAAUAAUAAAAAUGUCACUAUUGGUA